UUAUUUAGUGUGUCGAGUGUACUGUCAUAAUGUAUAUCGUGUAGUGGUAUACGUUGUGUACGGUAGUACGUUUUGUUUACUUUUAAACAAUAUGGAUAUACAAUUUGUUAAUACUCGAAGAAAAAUAUUAAAUCAUGUUAUUUGCAGUAUUUUAGUAGAAUGUGGUUAUGACACUUGUGAGAAACAAGCAUUAGAAACUCUUACAGAGAUGCUUCAGUCUUUUAUUGUGGAAGUUGGGGAAUCUGCAAGAAAUUAUUGCGAACUUUCUGGGAGAACGGAACCGCUAAUCGCGGAUGUUAUAUUGGGGUUAAUAAACAUGGGUAUAAAAUUGGAUAAUUUAGAAAAUUAUGGGAAAAGGACAAAUAGAACAGUUUUACCUCCGUUACAACAACAAACCCAGUCAAAACAAUUAAAUAUUUUACAGGCUGGUGUAAAACAAAGUCAUCCUUCGCAUAUACCAAGUUAUUUACCAGCUUUCCCAGAUCCACAUGCAUAUAUCAGAACACCAACACAUAAACAACCAGUAACUGAAUAUGAAGCAAUACGAGAAAAAGCUGCUACACAAAAACGAGAUAUUGAAAGAGCUUUAACAAGAUUCAUUGCAAAAACAGGAGAAACGCAUAGCUUAUUUUUGACAGAUGAUAAUAGUAUGUUUCCAUUAAUUGCUUGUAAACCACAAUUUCCUAGUUAUCUCUCAGCACUUUUACCUCAAGAUCAAAUAUUUGAAACAGAUCAAGACUUUCAAUUUGAACCAACUCCUGUUAAGAAGAAAAAAGAACAGAAAACUGAAGAAACAGAGGAAGGUGUUAAUGUACCAAGCGAAGAUACAGAACAAACAAAUGAAACUACUGCUCAGCAAGAUGGUAUAGAUAAUCCUUACUUACGUCCUGGAAAAAUACCUAAAAAUAAAAUACCAGGUGUUAUGGUCCCUUCACAGCAUUCUAUAAAAAGAGACUCUUUUGUUGAUACUUAGCAAUUUUACAAAUAUCACAGGUAUGUAUGCAAAAAUUUAAUAAAAUUUAUAUUUGCUUUAAAAUAAUUGCCAUUUAAAAUAAGAAUUUGUCAAAAAACAUGCAUUUUAAAAAUUAUUACAGAACUAUAAUAUUACUAUUAAUAGAUGACAAUAUGUUUCCUGAAAUAUUAAUAUUUUAAUAAAAUUAUUUAUAAAUAGAAUUAUAAAUGUAUGUGUGUGCGCGCGCGCGCGUGUGUAGGUAGGUAAAGGUAUCUUAUACAAAGAAACAUUUAUAUUUAAAUUACGUAAUACAAAUUAUUUUAUUAUACACAAAACUACAUGAAGUUAUUGUAAAAUAUAUUUGUUGAGUUCGAUAAAUAUAAAUCUAUUAAUUAUAAUUAUACAAAUUUGUAUGA